UCCUUUUAUUUUUAUCUAACGGAAAACAUGAAAGAACAUCUUUCUCCAUUAUAAUAAAAGUACAUAUUCUUGGCAGCCAUGAAAGUCCCACCAAAGAAACCUCACUUUUUCAAACCCAUUCUACCAGGUUUCAAGAAUGGCCUUAAAAUUCCUAUAGGAUUCUUCAAGUAUCUGAAGGGACACGAUCAGUAUAAACAUGCAAUACUGAGAAGGGCUGGUAAAAAGUGGUUGGUGAAAGUGAAUGGCCAGCGAUUGGAAGAUGGUAACUGGAAAGAGUUUGUAGAACAACAUGAUUUGCAAUUGGGAGAUAUUUUAGUGUUCAAACAUGAAGGAGACAUGGAAUUUGAGGUUUCUAUCUUCCAUUCGAGUCAUUGUGAAAGAGAAUAUGCAGAGCAUCUUCAAGAGGAAAAGGACGAGGACAAGGAAGCUGUUACUCUUGACAAGUCUUUUGGUCAAUCUCACUGUGAAUGCAUUAUUCGACAAUAUUCCCUUUUACGAGGUUAUAUGUGUUUGCCUCAACAAUUUAUAAAGAUGAAUGGUCUCACCAACAAGAAGUGUGGGUUGAUUGUAAGAAAUGAAGGACAAAGGUCGUGGAAUUUAAAGCUAAGUUCCAACAAUACUCGAGCCCAUAUUGGAGAUGGAUGGCGUAAAUUCAUUGCUGAAAAUUGUUUAAAGGAGGGAGACCGUAUAGUCUUUGAGAUUGUUCGUAAUGGAGAGACACCAAUAUGGAAAUUUCAAGUUAUUACUGAUGGAGAACUACCAGUGAGGAAGUUUCAAGCAGAAAAACCGAGCCCCAGCAUCGAGUUGUCAAAUAAGGAUUCUUCCCAUGCCGAAGCUGCUACUAACAAGCCUUUUGUUCAAUCUCGUUUUGAAAGCAGUAUUACACCAUAUUGGCUUUCAAGAGGUCUGAAUCUCCCUAAACAAUUUGUAUUCGCAAACGGUCUCAUCGACAAGAAGUGUGAUUUGAUUAUAAGAGAUGAAAGACAAAGGUCAUGGAAUUUAAAGCUCCGUUAUUGGAGAACUGAAGUCUAUAUUGAAGACGGAUCAUGGCGUAAAUUCAGUGCUGAUAAUAGCUUAAAGGAGGGAGAUCGUAUUAAGUUUGAGGUUGUUAGUAAUGGAGACACACCAAUAUGGAAAUACCAAGUAGCUGAUGCAGAAAUUCAAUUGCAGAAGUUUCAAGGCAAGUUUUCUCAUCUUGGAAUUGUAAAAAAAAAAAAUUCAAGAAAGGUCCUCAUUAGAAAGUGAACCCUGCUAAUUUUUGGAACAUAUCCACAUGUUGUAUCUUCCUUUUAUCCCAAUUGUUACACUUUCUUAUUACGUUUUCUCUUUCUUUUGAUAUGUUCUCUUUAAUUUUUAAUGAACAGACAUUAUGAAAAAGCCCUCAAACAUGAGUCCUCUCAAUGCACAAGUAUCUACUUCAACUCCUGGUGAUGAUGAUCAUCCCUAUUUUGGUUCCACAAUUAAACCUUAUUGCAUCAGCAAGUCAGUUCUGUAUCUUCCACUGGAUUUUGCAAAGUCAAAUGGAUUGAUAGAUAGAAAGUGUGAGAUGAUUCUGAAAGAUGAAGCACAGAGAUGUUGGUCAGUGUGGCUUGGGAGAAUUUCACAUCAUUUUGGAAUUAUAAAUGGAUGGUCAAAAUUCAGAGAAGCAAAUGGACUCCAAGUAGGAGAUGCUUACAAGCAAAUAUUCUGGAACGGUUGCGAAGAGGGGGGGAAAGUUGGGAAAUUGAAGCAACUUGGCUGUUUUUUUAAAGUUUGGUUGAUCCAAUAUGGUGUACAAUCUCAAAAACUAUGUAUGAUUUUUUCUUCUAUAAAUCUUCAUGUAAUGACUGCCUAGCCAGCUUUUGUCAAAGCCCCAGUUACUCAGCAUGGCUUGGGUCUGGUUGUAUAAAUUAAACCAUUAAACUAUGUGAAUUAUUUGCACCAUAUCACCUUUUCUAAAGUAAUUCUUGAAAAGUAUUUUUUUUCUUUUUGUACAGAUAAAUUUAACCCACUAUAACUAGUGGGGAAGUAGAUGGAUGGUUAAUGACACGUUCUUGAUGCUAG